GAGAAGAAAAAAAAGCUGCUCUGACGUCAGCCACGUUAGAUUUCAGUAGUCCAAGAUGGCGGAGGUGAGCGGGUUGAGGAGCAGAAAUCACUUCGAGCCCAACUGCAAAAACCGCGUCUCCGACGAAGGUUUGAGUGGCGUGGAAGAUGUCCCCAUUUUUCAGCAGAAGAAGAGGCCUCCUUUAGCCAGGCCCGAAGACCUGGAGGAUGACUUGCUUCCCAGGACCGUGGCCUCAAACUCAAGCAAAAUCGCCAGCCUCAUCCCCUCACAGGAUGAGGAGAUUCAGGAGGAAGAGGCUGUGGUCGAGGAAGAGAAACCCAGGCCCAUCCAGAUCGUCCUGGCCAACGAGGACAAGCACAGCUUCGAGCUGGACGCCGCUGCGCUGGAGAAGAUCCUGCUGCAGGAUCACGUGAAGGAUCUGAACGUGGUGGUCGUGUCUGUGGCCGGAGCUUUUCGCAAGGGGAAGUCCUUCCUGCUGGACUUUAUGCUGCGCUACAUGUGCAGUCAGCAGAACGAGUCGUGGAUUGGGGGCGAUGACGACCCGCUGGAGGGCUUCACCUGGAGAGGAGGCUGUGAGAGAGAGACCACAGGAAUCCAGGCCUGGAGUGAAGUCUUUGUGGUCGACAAGCCUGACGGCAGCAAGGUUGCUGUGCUCCUCGUUGACACUCAGGGAGCGUUUGACAGUCAGUCCACAAUAAAGGACUGUGCUACCGUGUUUGCCCUCAGCACAAUGACCAGCUCUGUACAGGUGUACAAUCUGUCCCAGAACCUACAGGAGGACGACCUGCAGCAUCUGCAGCUCUUCACAGAAUAUGGCCGGCUGGCAAUGGAAGAGAUUUACCAGAAACCUUUCCAGUCCCUGAUGUUCCUGAUUCGGGACUGGAGUUAUCCUUAUGAACAUAACUACGGACUGGACGGAGGCAAAACUUUCCUGGAGAGAAGGCUGCAGGUCAAAGAGAAUCAACACGAAGAGUUGCAGAAUGUAAGGAAACACAUCCACUCCUGCUUCUCCAACAUCGGCUGCUUCCUGCUGCCACAUCCUGGCCUCAAGGUGGCCACCAACCCCAAGUUUGACGGCAGACUGAGAGACAUUGAUAGUGAUUUUAAAAAGGAGCUGGCCAGGCUGGUUCCUCUCCUCCUGGCCCCAGAACGACUGGUGGAGAAAGAGAUCGGAGGCAACAAAGUCACCUGCAGAGAUCUCGUAGAGUACUUUAAGGCUUACAUAAAGAUCUACCAAGGCAAGGAGCUGCCUCACCCAAAGUCCAUGCUGCAGGCGACAGCGGAAGCCAACAACUUGACCGCUGUGGCCGGAGCCAAAGACAUGUACAGCAAGAGCAUGGAGCAGGUCUGCGGUGGGGAUAAGCCCUACAUCGCCCCGGGUGACCUGGAGCGCUGCCACGAGGAGUUCCGCGAGCACUCGGUGCGUUUUUUCCGCUCUGUGAAGAAAAUGGGCGGUGAGGAGUUCUGCCAGCGCUACCAGAAGCAGCUGGAGGCGGCGCUGGACGAAGCCUACACCAACUUCUCCAAACACAACGACGGCAAAAACAUCUUCUAUGCGGCGCGCACGCCCGCCACGCUGUUCGCCGUCAUGUUCGUCUCCUACGUGGUCUCUGGGGUAACGGGCUUCAUCGGCCUGAGCAUCCUGGCGGCGCUGGCUAACUUCGUCAUGGGUGUGGCGCUGCUGUCGUUCUGCGCCUGGGCGUACGUGAAAUAUUCUGGAGAGUUUCGGGAAGUUGGAACGAUGAUAGAUCUGGUGGCUGAAACGCUCUGGGAACAGAGGACGGUCAGAAAGGUGUUUUCCAAACUUUCGGAGCCCGUCAGGAGUCGCCUGACGUGGCCGAUCUCUCUGCUCCCUUCCCUCCCGUCGUCGCUGGGACUCAGAACUCCUCUCAACAACAACUACAAGAAGACUAACUAGCUGCUGGCCGACGGACUCACAGACUGUUAAACCUUCUUCUCAUUUCAAAACGCCUGCAGUUUGCUGGCUUCUUUAUUUUUCCAACGGUGCUGAAUUCUUUUGCUUUAACUCCUGGUGUGGAACGCUGCAGAACAGGCUCGUCUCAGGAUCUGGAGGACGUGGAGCCUGACCAAAACGGUUUAUGAUCAUCUUAUUCUGAUGAAUGUGGAUGGAAAGGUUUUGUUUUGUUGAACAGUCUUUUCAGUUGAGGAUUUCUGUGGUGAAUUUGUCUAUUUUUGUUCCCUUAUUUGACCUUGAGCUUUUUUUUUCCCCCUUAACCUACUUUCUUUCAGUUUUUCUGUCUCCAGUAGAAGCCGUUCUUCAGUUAGAAUCUGUUCUCACACGAAACCUUCUUUUGUCGUCUUUCCUCUGCUGCAGGUUUUGAAGCCACUAAGCGAACAUUAUAUGGAGGACAACGUCAGGCAGACGGUGGUUAACUCCAUCAAAGCCAGCUUGACAGAGCAGGGCUCGCAGCACACCAAGUUAAAGACUCACUGACGUUCUUCCUCCUCUUCAUCUCCCCCUUCAUCAGCCUCCUGCCCGCUCACUCAGUGUGUCCAGUCCUAGAACUGUGGAACUAGUUCAACACCAAAGCUGACCCUCUUUUUAAAUCGUUUCCCACCAAACGCUCAUCAACACGUCGCUGCCCCCGUCUGUUAAGGACCUGUGGGCACUCGGCUGCUCUCCAUCGCCCCCCAGUGCCUCACAUCAGAUACUGCAUGUUCAUGAGAGGACCGAGCGGAGACGCUGCCUCUUGCCAAAUCCAGACCUGAAGGACGUUCUCUCCGGUGUGCCAUGCUGUGGUAGAUGCAUCGUACUGUAGGCUGAUACUCACAUCCAACUGAGCUGUAAUUCAGGGAAAACUGACACCGCUGCGAGCAGACGUUCUCAGCGUCGGACACAAACACUUGAAAUGUUUUUGUCCUACAGGCCAGACAGUUCAAAGCUCAGUUUACUUCCUCCUCAGCUUGAUAAUAACAUUUCCCACAAGCACAAGUGACUAAUCGAUGCUGAAAACUAAUGAAUGUUCUGUUUUUGUCUGUUAUUUCAGUGAAGGCAGCAGGUUUUAUUGAUUCUGCUGAAGUCUAGCUGGAGAGGUAAUUUAAAUGUUCAGAUUUACCUACGACUCUGAACUGAAAGGAUGAGCGCAGGAAAUGAAGCAAAGCUGUAUUUUUUUUUGUUCUUUCUGCCUCCAUUCAUUAGUUAACCAGGUAGCAUUUGUGUAAUCAAACUCUGGGCUCAGGUUGCUUCUAGAUACGAUCUCUGUACAUCUCUCUCUGUGUUUUUGCCCUUAAUAUGUUUUGAUCGGUCAUAUUAAGGAGCUGAAGGAAGCCUCGAUGCUCUCAGCUGAUUCUAUAUAUUUAGUUUUUAAUCUUAGCGACUGACGUGUUUUACCUGGCCUUCAGUAUGUCGUAGCGACCCGCCAGUGCAUGGUGUUAAGAGGAGGGUUUAGAGCCCAGCUUUAGUAAGACAGCUCAUUUUAAAACUGUUUUUUCUUCCACUGAAGCAUCUCUGACUGGCCAUGAAGUUAAAUUUGAGCUGAGGGAAUCCAAGCUCUGAUUUUUUUGUAAGUCAAUCAUGAUUUAAUACCUCAGCUGAUCGAGCAACCAACUGUUUGCUCUCUUUACCCCUUUAAAGGAUUAGUUUUGGGAAAUGUAUUGAUUCUUUUUCUUGCUGACAAUUACAGAUGAGACGACUUAAAAUACUGUCAUGACUGUGUGUUAAAGUAAAGCUACGCUUAGCAUAGCUUAGCUUAAAGACUGGAAUCAGAUGGAAACUGCUAGCAUAGAUCUGCCUCCCACAUUGUUUUCUCCACUAAUUUAAAAACGGUGGUGCUAAAAUUAGCUUCUUGUGCGACGUUUUCCAGCAGAAAGUGGACAAGAGGAGUGAUUGGCACCAAAGUUAUUCAAGAAAAUCCUCUGAAUUUUACUUUUUUCUCCGUAAAAUGUGACGAGAUUCGUAGGACUGGAAUAAUGUUGUGUAGAUACGUUUGUUUGUUUCACAUCUACAGAGUCAAAUUUGUGAACAAAGACCAGAUUUAUUUUCCGUGAACUUGACCAAACUGUCCUAAAUUGGACCCACUUAUUCAACCUUUAACUUUGGACGGAGCCAUGCUAGCUGUUUCCACACGUUUCCAGUCUUUAUGCUAAGCUAACAGGUUUUGUAUUUGACGGACAGACAUUCAUCUUCUCGUCUGACUCUGCAGAAAGCUCCCAGGAUUCCUUCGCCUGACAUGUAAUAACUCGACCUACUGCCUUCUAAUGGCUGCUGACUGUUUCUAAAUCGGAGCUCUAUCUCUCAGAAGCAGCUCAAAGACCGAUAACUCCUGUCAUCACACUAACAGCUGCACCACAUCUGUCUGAGCUCUCCCUGCAUUGAUUCCAUCCACAUGAUUUAUCACCUCAAGCGCCAAUCUUGUACUGUACAGUCUGUUCAUAUAUCACAAAUCGGGCAUGUAUGUUGGAUUAAAUAUUUAAAUAAACUUUGUAUACAUUUUAUAGUGAAUCAGUUGACAAUUGCUGUUGUUUUCUUUUCAUUUUUUUUUUUUUUUCCUCUUCUUGAUCAACUUACCAGUCUGUGGUUUGUUAAAGAACGAUAAGUUGCUGCUGUAGGUUUACACAUUAGUUUCCUCCUCUUCUCGAGAGCGGACGAUAGCAGAAACACGGUGUGAAUAUUCAGAUUCUGAUAGGAAAAUGUUUCGAUUGUGACGAGUGGGUCGGAGUCUGUCUGCCUUUUAAAGAUAUCUCUGGUAAUUUAUUUUUGAAUAAAAUGUUUACCUUAAGAAUAAAUCAUCAACACAACUCUG